GUUGAAGGGGAAGUGGAUGAAGAAGUUUCCGCCGGAAAACUUCUGGUCUAAACAACGACCUCGCCAUGGCAACAGCGCGGUUUUGUGUCUUAUUUUUUAUCCUUUCUGUGGCUUUAGCGGAAGAUGCUAAAGUAAAGCACAAAACAGCUACAAAACCUGUCCGUUUAUUCACCGAGGAGGAGCUGAAGAGAUACGACGGCGGCGAGGAGGGCCAGCCAAUUUACAUGGCAGUAAAAGGAGUUGUGUUUGAUGUCACCAAGGGAAAAGAGUUUUAUGGAAAAGAUGCUCCAUAUAAUGCCCUGGUUGGUAAGGACUCCACUCGAGCCGUGGCCAAGAUGUCCCUGGAUCCCGCAGACCUGAAAUCAGACACUACGGGCCUCACUGAAGAGCAGCUGAAGUCUCUGGAUAGUAUAUUUGAAGGCACAUACAAAGCCAAGUAUCCCAUUGUGGGUUACACAGCGUCCCGUAUUUUCAAUGAGGACGGAAGUCCCAACAAAGACUUCAAACCAGAGGACCAGCCUCAUUUUCAAACCAAAGAUGAGUUUUAAUGUCAUUUUGUGUGCGUGGUUACAGAUGAGAUUCCUGGUUUCUCUUUACUUGACAAGAACUGCGAUUAAAAAGUUUAAUGCAUGUUGACUUGAACUUGAAGGUCUGAACAGUGCUUUAAUAGCUGUGACAGCUUUACUGUGCACCAACUACUUCGAUACCUGUUGUAUCAUCUGAUUGUGAUAAACAUCAGGGACUUUGGAGCAGAUUAUUAAAGAUCUCCUGGAGACGCAUUUGAAGAAGUUUAAUCAGACACAGAAUGCCUCCUGCUCCACUCACAUGUUCAUUCUCAGUGCUCUUGGCCAUCUAAUCUCACACUCUGGACAUUAGGUGCUCAAACAACAGACUGAACACUUUUUCUUCUUCUUUUUAAACUUCAGCCUUUAUAUAAUGUAGCUGUAUUAGUGUUUUACAUUUAUCAGAGCACAUGGUAACAAAUAACAUUUAAAAACCCACAAACAGAUUUUAAUCUGAUUUGCAGAAAGCUAUAUGAGAGUCACAUAAAUCAAAUAUUAGUAUGCUGUUAAUCAUUUAGUCUUUAAAAACACCCAAGAAAUUUGGCAAUUUAGAGAUAUUUUUUGAAGGUUUGAAAAGUUAACAAAAUACCUGAGCCUUUUGAGAACAGCGGUACCGUAGCUGAUUAUUUUUCUCGCUAAUCGAUUCAUUGUUUUAACUCUGUGUUUUAGUAUGAAAUUAGUAUGAAAUGAAUGUAGUGGAAUAUUUAUGUUUGAGAAAUGGUAAAUCUGCAACUUUGUGAUUGUGUACAAGUCCAAGAUUGGUCCACAUGUAUUUGACCUGACUUUUGAU